AUCGAUCAAACCUAUAUGUUGAGCGCAGGUGUAGUAGCCGUAGUGCCGAGAAAAUUGCGCGCGAUUCGCGCAUUCGAAACUACAGCGCCCCCACUUCUGACCGUUACCGUAGAAUUGGACAUUCGCUGUCCACUCGGGUAGUGACUGUGUUCUAACUGGACAAGUUAUUAGGAAAGAAUCGCUACGUUCCGCAGAAACGAUCUCUACCAGAAAUCUUUCAACUAAAGAUAACUAAGUGUUCUACCGUCUCCUCGUUAGCAGUUAUUUUUAGAUAGCACGAAAAUGGCUCUAAUUCUCCAAUAUAUUAAUGAUAUGCACGUUUUUAUGGAUAAAUAUGGAGAUCCUCGGACAAAUCCAUGGUUCCUGAUGAGUUCCCCAUUUCCUACUUUAUUAAUAUGUCUAAGUUAUGUUUAUCUAGUCAAGGUUCUAGGACCACGUUUUAUGGAAAACAGAAAACCCUAUGAAUUAAAAAAUGUUUUAAUAGUUUACAACUUUGCACAAGUUAUAUUCAGUGCAUGGCUAUUUUAUGAGAUCGGGGCCGGUGGCUGGUUCACAGGCAGGUAUAACUUUCAAUGUCAGCCGGUCGACCACUCGAAAAGUCCACAAACGAUGAGGAUGGUUCAUGCUUGUUGGUGGUACUACUUCUCAAAAUUCACAGAAUUUUUCGAUACGAUCUUCUUUGUACUAAGAAAGAAAUUCGAUCACGUAUCAACUUUGCACGUUAUCCACCACGGAGUGAUGCCCAUGUCUGUGUGGUUCGGAGUCAAGUUCACUCCGGGUGGUCACUCGACGUUCUUUGGCCUUUUGAACACAUUCGUUCACAUCAUAAUGUACACCUACUAUAUGUUAGCGGCCAUGGGACCUCAAGUCAGGCGGUACCUGUGGUGGAAGAAAUACCUCACAACACUGCAAAUGGUGCAGUUUGUUGGUAUAAUGGUGCAUGCCUUCCAACUGCUGUUCAUCGAGUGUGACUACCCACGAGCCUUCGUCUGGUGGAUCGGAAUGCACGCUGUCAUGUUCUUCUUCCUCUUUAAAGACUUCUACAACCAGUCCUAUUCCAAACCCAAGGUCCGCGCGCGGUCCCCGCAGCCGGCGGCGACGACGCUGGAGGAGGAGCUGAAGUACAAGAACGGCGCGCUCGCGAACGGCUUCAGCAACGGGCACGCCAACGGGCGCGUGCGGGCGCGCACCGUGCUGCCCGCCGGCAACUGACCGCGCGCCUUGGACAUCGUUAACCGACAUGCGUGCAACUGAGACGUUUACGUGCUUCGUGGCGGACAUUUUUUUUGGAACCGAGAACGUUCUCGUGGUACGUGGCGUCCGAAAUUUUUAUAACUGAGAACGAUUUUCGUGAUUCGUGACGUGACACUCGGUACGGCGCCCGUCGAGGUCCCGUCGUGUCCGUGAACGUUAUACUGACUUUUUUGUAACCACUUAACGUUUUUUAGCCUGUUUAUGUAAAAAAAAAUUAUUAAAAAGACAUAGUAUUUAAUAUUAAAUCGACUGACGGAAUGGAAUCUUAUCCAUUAUUCUUUAUUUCUUUGUUAACAUCUCAACUUGUAUUGUCUCCGCCGGUCGCUGUGUUGGUGAACUUUGUGUGACGACGGACAAAUUAGACUAUGAAUACAGAUUUACUUCGAGCUAUUUAUGUUUAUUGGGUCUUACGUAAUAUGGACCUUCCGGGCAAAGGUGUAGGAAUGAGGUGCAGUGACAUCUCUGAUCCGUUUUAGUGUUAAAUGUGAUUUAUCUAGUGUAUAUAAAGUUAGGCGGUAUCGAUGGUGUAUAUUUUAUUUUAUUGAUACAAAGUAAAGCUAGAUUUUGUGAUCGCAUGGUGUUUUGUACUGAUAUUAAAAUUUAAUACACAACUUCAGAAUUUAGAAACCAGUUUUAGUUUUGUGUUUGUAUAAAAUAAUCUGUUAUUGUUAUCAUUUUUUAAAUAAAAAGAUACAUCGUUCUAUAGAAACAAAUUGUCAAUUAUUUAAAAUAAUUUUCAUUAAAUUAUGAAAUCUUAUUAUUAUUAAUGCAAUAUUUUCAAUUGUUAUUAAUGUUAUGAAAUUAAAUUUUAUAAUAAAUUUUAUUGUUUGAACAAAAAAAGCUUGUUGGUGAUCUAGGAAUUGGUACAUCCUCAUCAUUUUUAUUGUAAAUUUUAUUUAUUUCAAUGAAGAUCUUGAUCAUACCUCUGAUUUUAGUAAAGAUGUCAUACAAAAUGCAAUGCUGUUACUUUAACACUUAGAUGGUUGUGUUGGUAAUUUAUUUUGUCUAAUUUUAAUUUUAUUUAUAUACCAAAAAUACAUUUUGGAAAUCACCCCGUGUCACUGCAAACUUAGCAUUAUAAUUUUAUUGAUAAUAAUAUUUUAUCAUGAGGGUACAAAAUUAAUUAGUCGAAAUUAUAUUAAUUAUUAGUUAAUUGGAAAAUAAUAAUGAUAAAGUUUACAGUGACAUUACGACAAAUAGCGAUAUAUCAUCUAUCUAUUAUUGGUUACGUGCUGUGAAAAUAGAAAAUUGUUUUUCACUACACAUAGCAAACAAAGAUUAAAAAUAAGAACGGGUUAGUAGCAAUAUAACCGUUGAUGUUCACAUUUAGUCUUCCGUUUUGUUUUGUACUUAUCUGAAAUUAGGUGCUUUGCAUUAUCCAUACAGCUCCAUUAUUAUUAUUAGCAGGUACAAGCUAAAGCUCGCCAUUUAUUGUAAAUAUUAACUCUGUUUUAUUAGUGAUAUUGAAAUCAAUUAAUGUAAUAUUGCAAUUUUAUACAAAAUGCAAAUAAAUUAUAAGAAGAA